AUGCCCGAUAUGUACACGUUUCAAGCAGGCUCAAAGCCAAUUUCACAAUUGGAGAGCACUGAAUCGACACCGAAAUUCACACCAAAUAUCCUUCCGUGCCGGAUUCACCAUGACGGCCCGAUCGUGUCUACCGAGCGAUUCUGGAUCCCAAAGACAGACGAGAAGGACAACAAGCAAACCGCGCACUUCCGUGGGCGCAGACUGCGGGGCCAGCGCGUCGCGAUCCCGGAGGGCUAUCAAGGUAUAGUCGCGACGCCAACAGACCGUGUACUGCCGGCAUCCCAAAGACCAGACAACGGUACAACCGAGGACGGCGAGACUGAGUCUGAGGACCCGGUCAAGGUUCUCGAAGUGCAAGGCACAUUUGAUGAUAUUAUGGUCUGGGGGCACGAGAUUCUUCCUGCGGCAGAUGAUACCUUCGUCAAAGGAGUGGAGGAAUGGGUGCGGUUUGCUGAGACGAUGCACAUGACGGCUGCGCCAGCUGUGAAUGGUAAUUGA